AUGUAUGCAAGAGGCGUUGGCAUCGGAAGGACUGUUGCUCUUGCAAAAUAUUUGGGCGGGCGUCGGUCAUACAACAACCUUUUUCAUUGCGAAGUUCAAGUUCGGAUUCGAGCUGCUUUUUCAGGAUUUUCGUCCAUGGGUUCCUUUUGGAGUCGGGCGAGGAGUUCGCGGAAAGCGGUGCGCCUUUUGUUUCGUGGUAUGGUACAGGAAGCUCUUUUGUCUGGGCUUGAAGCCACCGUGUUACAUCCAGCAGAUAUCCGAAAACUUGACAAGGCACUUUUACAUUUGGGGCGGAAGGUUCUGCAAGGUGCUGCGUGCGAGAAACAGACGGUGGCGGAGCAAGACGGUUCAAAUUCUAUCAAGUACCAUGCAAAACCUAACGAGUUUGUUUGGAAACAGUUGCAGAUGGCGCCUUGUGACAUUGAACUCCGGAUUAAGCGUCUUACGUUCUGGCAACAAGUUGCUCGUGCACCUGAUCUGCAGGUAUCUCUUCUGGCUACCAUGUUCGGUCAGUUCGGAUUUGGCAACCCCAUGCUUUGUCUUGACAGUGGUAAGCCAUCUGGCACUGCACAUGCUUGGAUCUUGCAGUUAUGCGAAGACAUUGAGGCUUUGCGCGUAUCGGAUGUCGUCGCUCAUAUUCCUGAACGUAUGGAUGGCAAACCGCUUUUGCUCUUCAUGGCACCAUUACGGGAGGAGUUUGUUCAAGUGGAUUGCUCGAUACUUCGCAAGGUGUUUCUGUCGGUGGCAAUUCCCCCACCUGGGUAUGUUGAAGCUCCUCCUCCUAAUCCGGUGCAACCACCCGCCGACAUUGAUGAACAUGAACAUAUUUGUAUGGAUACUUUGCCUGAUGGUAGCGUAUGUCGUGCUAGCUUCUCCUCUUUUCGCGCACUACAGGUUCACAGACGUGGAGCAAAGGAUCACAAAUUCGUGGCCCCAGAAUAUCACCUCGCUAUCACUAAUCAGUGUCCAUGGUGCCAUGUGGUUUACAAUUCUAUUCAGCAGACGAGGAGUCACAUUAAAAAUUCCCUCCAUCGGCGGCGAUGCCAGGGCAAAGGGAGUAUUGUUCCUGUACCCGUACGGCCUGUGGGUUCGUUGGUUUGCAGUAAGUGUAACUAUAAAUGUUCAUCCACUUCGAGCCUUCAAUAA